UUGUUUCUCAGGUCCGCCAUUUCAAUUUUUUGAACUUACUUGUGCCAACUUCAAGGAUUUGAUUCAAAAUUACGUAGAGGAAUUGUGCGAUAGUUGGGGGAUUUACUCUGUUACUUCGUCAAAUUAGAUUCCGCAACACUAAUACGGACACAUUGGCUGCAAAUCUGAAGUUAGCACGUCGAAUCGCGAUUCAGAUGCCGUACAAUUUCUGAACGUGUUCAUCGGGAACGCGGUAAAGUUUUUUGUAUGAGUUGAAUGCUGGUUGCGGAUAAGGGGAGGCGAAGGGAAGGCCCGUGAAGCCUCGGCUGUGGAGUGGCAAUCAUGGCCGGAAAUUUUGACGCUGAAGACCGUGGAAGCUGGUUUUGGGGUAGAUUAAGUCGACAAGAGGCUGUUUCUCUGUUGCAAGGACAAAGGCAUGGGGUUUUCUUGGUGAGAGACUCAAUUACAUGCCCUGGCGACUACGUGCUGUCCGUUUCAGAGAAUUCAAAAGUCUCGCAUUAUAUAAUCAACAGCAUCAACAACAAUCGUCAGUCUGGUCCAGGUCUGGCACCUCCUCGCUUUCGCAUUGGGGACCAGGAGUUUGAUGCCCUGCCUGCUCUCCUGGAGUUUUAUAAGAUCCACUACCUUGAUACCACCACAUUGAUUGAGCCCAUCAACAAGGCCAAGCACUCGUCUUACAUCAGCAGCAGCGCUGGGUGUGGGCCUCCCCUUCGCCAAGAGGAGGAGCUAGUGCGGGCGCUCUUCGACUUCCCCGGCAAUGACGAUGAGGAUCUUCCAUUCCGUAAGGGGGACAUUUUGCGGGUGCUAGAGAAGCCCGAGGAGCAAUGGUGGAAUGCCUCCAACAGCGAGGGCCGUGUGGGCAUGAUCCCCGUGCCAUACGUGGAAAAGUACCGCUCCGCUUCGCCCACCUCGGCCGCGCUGGGCGGAGGGGGACCGGGUGGGGUGCCAAACACGGGCACCAACGAUGGCCAAAACUCCCAGGCCCCUCCUCUGCUUGGUGAACCUGGUCCCUAUGCCCAGCCUACGCCUCUGCCCAACCUCCAGAACGGCCCGGUUUUUGCCAGGGCUAUCCAGAAGAGAGUGCCCAAUGCCUAUGACAAGACUGCCCUGGCUCUUGAGGUGGGCGACAUGGUGAAGGUGACUAAGAUCAAUGUGAACGGCCAGUGGGAGGGCGAGUGCAAGGGCAAGCGUGGCCACUUCCCCUUCACACACGUCCGGCUGCUGGACCAGCACAACCCCGAAGAUGAACUAAGCUGAGGCUACUGCGUGGACCCCCCCCCCCCUUCCCUUCUUCCCCACCUCUCCCUCUCCCCUCAUGCUCCCACUCCUCCACUGUCGCUCCCCACCAUCCUCCUCGCCCCUCCUCCCAUUCUCAUGGCCCACACUCACUGUCUUCUCCCUCACCACGCACUCACUGCGUCACUUGUGUGCGCCCUCACCUUACGUCCGCCGCCUCACAUGUGUUUUAUCUGCUUCGGGUCGGAGCUCUAGCCUGUCCCCCAUAACUCACACACUUUGCGUCGAAGCUUAGGCAUCCACUUAUGUGUUUUGGAGCCCUCUGACGGAUAGACGUAUUAUCCAAUCAGAGGUAAGAGAAACAUACGAGGGGAGGAGUGUGGAGUGCACCUCAAGACUGGGGACGAGUGCGGCUGGGGACUGAGGUAAGCCGUUCCUCCUGUGACUGUAACGCUGAAGAAACGCCACACACUACAUGUGCCGGCCUACUGGAAGAAGACAUUACAACCAGAGGCUUUGUCCUACGCUACAAGCUCACAACCAAGUUCACACAAGGUUCUAAUGAUCUUGUGCAAAAAGAAGUAAAACAAGGAUGUACUGUCAUGAAACAUUAGGUAUUAAUAUGUUUACCAUUGAGCUAAAGAAAAGUCACAUUUCCUUCAUUCUGAUUUGUUCACUCUAAAAGUGUUCAAUUUUGAUGCACUGCUCUAUGUUUUUUUGUUUCUUUUCUUUUAAUCUUGUGGAUAAAAAUUGAGCCCUGAACAAUGAGAAAUACUUUGGGGGAAGUUGUUUAUGAUUCAGUGUUGGACAAUACUGGGAAAGGUAAUCCUGAAGUCGUAUUGUGGUCGCAUAUGUGCUGCAAUGGAAAGUGCACACAGUAAUAUUAGAAGAUCUCGGAACUGAUUGCCUGGCAGAUACGAAAGGCUAUUGCUCAGGUUGAAUGUAAGGCAAUGAGGUUUUGUUUUGUGUGAACUUCCUUCCCUUGGCGUUGGCUUUCCUGGACUCAUCUGUACAUGUUAUAGGAAAUAAUCUUCCCAACUCACAAUAUAUGAUGUAGGAUUUCAUGAAGUUUCAAAUAACUUAUGUCCCUCAUACACUACUUUACUCCUCACCCCCUUUUUAUUUGCACAUAUAACAUUUAUUUUGAGUGAUGCAAAGCACCCUGUGGUCUGACCAAUCACAUUUUCUGCCAUGGUGUUCUUUCACGCCUGUCAAGUGCAGUAGUGGCUCGUCAUUGUAAGUGCAAGCUUGUGGAAGCCGGACGUUUUGUGGUUUGUCCUGGUACAUGUUAGAAGAUCUCAGCGGUCCUAGAUUUGCGGCAUGGCUAAAUUCAUCUGACAUAAAAAUCAUUAAAUGUGCUUGUUCUACAAUUCGAAAAUUAAAUUAGACAAUCACUUGGUUGUAAUCACAGAAAAAAAUGUGAUAUAAUCUGGUAGACAGCGUAGAUUAAAUGCCCUUUUUUGCCUUUUUAAUUAUAUGGAUAUGUGGAACUUAAAUGUUAAAGGUUAAUAUUAAGUUUAAGGUUGAUGUUAAUAUGAACACUGUCUGAUGAAAAGUCUUUGAGAAACCAAUUAUGGACGUCCUCAUCAGUCAUUUGUAGCAUGUUGCCUACCCCCAAUCUUGGCAAAUUAUUUUGAAUUGAAUUUUGAGUAUGAAUCUUGCCCUGAGAGUAAUGCGUGCUGUUUUGUUUAUCGUGACAUGAAGAUCGAAAGGGCUUGAGUUCUUUAUCCAGUUUGAGAGUCAAUUAAUCUGAAGGAAACAGAAUGCAAAAUGCUUUUUUUUGUCCUCACAGUUUACAACCUUUUUUUUUUCACCUAAAUAUGUCACCUGUUUGUGCCAAUUUCUUUAUGGUAGACAUCUUUUGUUGCCAUAUUCCCUGACCUUAUGUGACCUUGGUGUUGUCAAUGAUCAUCUAAUCCUCAACACAGCUGAUUCUUUCUCUUGCUAGUGGCAGCCUGAAUCUCCUUAGUGCAGAACCAUUCUACGUUUUUGUAAAGAAAAUGUGCCUAAUAUUUUAUUUUGUAUUUUCCAUUCCUAAAGAAAGCAGUCACAACCUGCUUUGUGGCACAGUACCUUUUACAUAAUUCGAUGGUCUGAGAAUAAUGGAACAUAAUAAAUCCCACAAUUUCUGGUGACAAGGAUUCGCUUGUGACAAAGAACACUGAAUGCACAGACCAGAGAGUCCUAAAUUCAGCAGCAACUGACCAGCAACAGUUACGAUGACUCCUUUUGUUUGUGGCGGACACAUUUUCAUGCAUGCCCAUGUUUCUUGUAAUCAUUUUAUUCCUUCUGUACCUGUCAAUCAUGCCUACAAUUUAAAUAUGUUAAAGCAUCAUAUUUUAAUAAUGUGUUUAUGUAAGUUCAUUACAUUCGGAGGGAUGGGGAAGAGUUAACCUUAAAAAUGUCAGUAUGUUAAUAUCAAAUUGUGCCAUUGUAUUAAACACUAUAUUCUUUCAAAACAA